AUGGCUGAGGAGCAAGUUGCUGCAAAGUAUCGGGAGAUGGAUGCCAUUCCGAAAACGGUGUGUGAGGAUACAGCAGAAGGCGUGGCUACGAGUGAGGUCCAGGAAAUAGGCGAUCAAUGGAGACCCUCAAAGCAGCCUGAAUGCCGACAAGAAAAGAAACAGGAGCCUGAACUGACGGCGCAAGAAGAGGAGAGGGAACACACAAAAGAGGCGCAGCGGGAAACGGAGUGCCGGUUGGGCGAACAGGUAGCGGCAGACCAGGGAAGUCCCAGUGCCCGAAAAAGGGCCUCCGACAGUGUGCACUCAACCCAACCGACCCGGCUGAGGGAGUCGAGUUCAACGGAGAAGCACGUUGUUCUCGAAUAUGAACCAGUUGCCGAUCGGAAGACCCAAAAAACCGGGAGCGCACUGAUUGACUCUCUGAAUAGUUUUCUUGAUACAUGGUUGGUACCGGAUGAAGACGCAGCGGAGGACCCACACAAGAUUGUAAAUGCUGCGGUGACAGGGAACGUAGAAUGUGCUCCCCAGGAUCGUUGCAAGGGCGAGGAGGCAGUAAGUCUAAUGACCCUGGUCAAGUCAGUACAACUGUCUUGCCCUCUUCUCGAUCUUCACGACAGUCAUCCGGCAUGCCCUGCAUGUCAUCAGCCCCUCCCAGGGGAGAAAACGCCUCCGACUCAGAGUUGGACACGAUGGGUUUUCAAGCAAUGCGAAGAGCCUCUGGACAUUCAGUCGGAAUUCCUCGUAUAUCCAAAUCCCUUGGUAUACGUCGGACGUCAGAAGCCCAAUAUUGAUGAGCCGUGGUUCGGUACUGUAUCGUACGUACCGUCCUAG